ACGUGCCGUGUGCCGUUGCUAAGGAGCGGAGGGACCGCGCGCGCGCGUCGUCGUCGUCGCCCCGUCGCUGCCGUUACUCUUUAGCGUGGGUCGCCGCCUCGGUUUCUCCGCCCUCCGGUCCCGGGAAGAGCCGCGGAGGAUGGAGUUCAAGCUGGAGGCGCACCGGAUCGUCAGCAUCUCCCUGGGCAAAAUCUACAACUCCCGGGUGCAGCGCGGCGGCGUCAAGCUCCACAAGAACCUGCUGGUCUCGCUGGUGCUGCGCAGCGCCCGCCAGGUGUAUCUGAGCGACCCCUGCCAGGGCCUCUGCCUGGCCGCGGCGCCCCAGUUGCCGGGCGACCCGCCGGUCCCCGUGGAGCGGGAGCCGGUCGCCGAGGCGACGGGAGCGGGGGACGGGGCGGAGGCGAGACAAGGAAGCGGAGGAGGAGGUGGAGAAGGAGGCGGCGUGUCCCCCCGGGACGCCCCGGACGAGCCCCGGGCGCGGCGCUGCCCCUGUUGCCGCCGACGCUGCGACCCCCACGGCGGCGGGGGGCCGGAGGAGGCGGCGACUCCCGGCGACUCGGGCUGCUGCUGCUGCUGCUGCCGCCGCCGACCGGAGGACGAACCCUCGGCGCCGCCGCCGCCCUUCUGCCCCAGGAAGAGGAGCGCCGCGGCCGGGGAGGGGGCCGCCUCGUCCCCGCUGAAGAAGCCUCGGAGGGACCCCCCCGGCGAGCCGGCCCAACAGGAGGAGGAAGAGGAGGAGAUGGAGACGGGGAACGUGGCCAACCUCAUCACCAUCUUCGGCUCCGGCUUCUCGGGACUGUUGCGCAAAAGCCCCGGGGGAGGCGAGGAGGGCGAGCCCGAGCCCGGCCCCGAAGGGACCGAGCCCGGGGCCGCCCAGGUCUGCUGCGACAAGCCCGUGCUCAGGAACCUCAACCCCUGGGGCACGGCCAUCGUGGCCUUCUGACCGGCCGGACACCGGGGACUGGACUGGGCGUCCUGGCAGCUGCACGGGGCACUGCCUUCCCCUCCACCCCCCCCCUCCGCUCUCCUUCCACCAUUAGAAGGAACUGAGGGUGGCCGGGGGUGGCCGGGGGUGGAAAGGCAAUCGUCGUCAUCUCCAAGUUGUGGUGUUAGUUGGCCCCUGAGGUUGAGACUCUCUUCCUCCUCUUUCUGGGCCCACCUCCGCUUUUUCACCCAGCCCCCCCUUCUCGGGCGGGGGCUUUCCUGCCCCAAUACCAAGAAGGAAGGAGUGAGCGGGGCAGGGGACUUCCCCGACCUCCCCUCCAGCCUGGGGGAGGGAAGGGACUUUUACCCGCCCUUCACAGGCAAACGAGAAGCCGACCGCCGGCCACAGCAGCACUUCCUUCCAGGAUUUCCUAAGGCUCAAGUUUUUUGGUUCCUUUUUCUUCCCUCCCUCUUCCUCUGGAGUUCCGUCUUCCUGUCUCCCCUGAUCACUCCUCCUCCCCCCCCGCCGGUUAAUGUUUGUGGGGGCGGGCAGUCUUCAACACUCCCAUCUCCUCCUUCCCCCGUCCCCACAACAAAAAAAGCUUGUCGGCUUCCCAGAAGAGAUCAAGCUUGGAAAAAUUGUUUAUGAAUAUAUAUGUUUGCAUAUAUAUAUAUUAAAAGCUCUAAGUCAGAACUAUUACACAGUGCUUUUAAAAAGUGUUUAAGGAAGUGGAACAAAGUUUACAGAUACCCUUAAUGGAAAGGCCUCGUGUCUUUUUGUAGAUUUGGUGACUUCAGCCUUUGUUGUAUAAAGGCAGGGGUAACUUGUGGGGGUUUUGUACAGUAUUUUCUCCACAAUGUAUUGACUUUGUAUAAAUGUAACUACGUGUCUGACACGUAUUAAAUAUUUUGAAGCAACUUCA